AGUAUAAUAUGUGAUAUUAUUGUCUAACGUUUCUUUAUAUAAUAUACAGUAUAGGAGAGAACUUGCUCUUUUACGAGUCUCUUGGUUGUAAAUUCAGGUCAUACUCAGGCUCGGCUGAUGAACGGCUCAGACUCCUGUUCUGGUCGAGUGGAGCUCCAGUACCUCAGUGAGUGGGGUACAGUGUGUGAUGUAAGCUGGGAUAUGAGAGCUGCCAGUGUCCUCUGUGCUCAGCUGAAGUGUGGGAGUGCUGUGGCUGUGUUGGGGUCAGACUGGUUUGGGGAGGGGAGUGGCCGGAUCUGGGCGGAUGUGUUUGAUUGUCAGGGGAACGAAACACACCUGUUAAAAUGUCCCAUUUCAUCAUGGAGUCGAACUGCAUGCUCUCAUAAACAGGAUGUUGGACUCAUCUGCAGUGGUUCUUCUCUGGCGUCUCAUGAGGGAGGAGUGCGGUUGUCUGGAGGGAUGGAGUGUGAGGGGGAGGUAGAGGUUUUCUUCAGGCAGGACUGGAGGAGAGUUCUGCUGGACUCCUGGAGUGAGUCUGAGGUCUCUGUGGUCUGCAGACAGCUGGGCUGUGGUUCUGUACUCAACACCUCCAGCUCCUCUUCAUCCAGUCCUGAACACAGCUACAUGUGUGUGACGGGUUUCAACUGCUCUGGGAGUGAAGCUCAUCUGAGGAACUGCAGCAGCUCACAAGCAGUUAACUGCAGCUCCACAGAACAGCUCUACAUCACCUGCUCUGGCUACAGCUUCAUCAGGCUGGUUGGUUCUGGGGGAGACUGUGCUGGAAGGCUGGAGGUUUUCCACAGUGGAUCAUGGGGGACAGUGAGUGAUGAAUUGUGGGAUAUUGAGGAUGCGCAGGUGGUCUGCAGGCAGCUGCAGUGUGGAGUUGCCCUCAGUGCUCCAGUACCAGUACCAGCCCGGUUUGGAUCUGGAACUGGACCCAUAUGGCUGAAUGAGGUGGAGUGUGAGGGGAACGAGGCGUCUCUGUGGAACUGCAGAUAUCAGCUGUGUGGAGAGGAUGAAUGUGGACACAAGGAUGAUGUAGGAGUCGUCUGCUCAGAGUAUAAAGAGAUCAGACUGACUGAGGGCUGUGAGGGGAAUCUGGAGGUGUUCUAUAAUGGAACCUGGGGGAAUGUGUGUAACAAUGGGAUGGAUGUAGAAACAAUGGGUCUCAUCUGUCGGGAGCUGAACUGUGGAAGAUUUAAGACUGAGAGAGCUACCAAAGCACGAGUGGAAUCAGCUCCUAACUGGCUGGAUGAUGUAAAAUGUAGGAAACAUGACUCUACUCUGUUUCACUGUCCAUCUUCAUCCUGGAGUCAGAACAAUUGUGAUAGAAGCAGUGAGGUGACUCACAUUACCUGCUUCGGAGAGAAGAAACAGCUUGCAUUUGAAAACCUUCAAAAAUUCUUCUUAUUUCCAAACCAGGGUCAGUGCUCAAAUUACAUGCCUAUUAGGUUGAGAGGAGGAGAGGAAAUCUGUUCUGGGAGGUUGGAGGUGUAUCAUAAUGCUGAGUGGGGGUCUGUAUGUGCUGAUCUGUGGGACAUCAGGGAUGCUCAGGUGAUCUGCAGGCAGCUGGGUUGUGGGCCGGCGGUGAGUGCUAAUAGAAGAGCUGCUGAUGGUUCUGGUGGAGGAACUAUCUGGAUGAACAGAGUGAAGUGUAGAGGGAAUGAGAUUCACCUGUGGGACUGUCCUCAUUCCCUGAAGAUCCACACUGGCUGCUCCCACAGUGCUGGAGUCACCUGUGCAGGUGUGCGAGAACGUUUUUUAAUCUAGUAUUAACUUCUCUUAAGAUAACUAUGGUUAUGUUAAGCAGUGUACUCUGUAUUUCAGUCAGGUUCAAUAUUAUUAUUAUUGUGCUCCUCUGACCUGUAAAAGGGAGAAUAGCAUUUAUAUUAUGGCUGAUUUAGGCUCACAACACU